CGCCAAUGCGCAGGCGCAGCCCUAGGAUUUGUUAUUCUACAGUGGACUGUAUACGGAAACAUGGCGGCGACCCUGAUUUGUGGCCGGCUAGCUGCUAGAUUGAGGAAUUCUGGGUCCGGAAAGACACUAAGCAAUGCAUCCAAGGUCCUGUGUGUGACCCCCAGCCUGUUUGGGGGCCAGGGCACUCUGCAACGGCAGCCACGACGAAAUCUCUCCCUGCAUGAGUACCUGAGCAUCGGCCUGCUUAAGGACUCGGGCAUCUCCGUACCCGCAGGCAUGGUGGCCAGCACGCCGGAGGAGGCUUACACUGUGGCCAAAGAGAUCGGCUCCAAGGACUUGGUGGUGAAAGCACAGAUACUGGCUGGAGGCAGAGGGAAGGGCACCUUCGAGGGGGGGCUCAAGGGCGGCGUGAGGAUCGUAUACUCCCCCGAGGAGGCCAGGGACAUCUCCUCAAAGAUGCUGGGCAAGAAGCUGUACACCAAGCAGACGGGAGAACAGGGCCGCAUCUGUAACCAGGUGUUCAUCUGCGAGCGCCGGUACCCGCGCCGGGAGUACUACUUCGCCAUCACCAUGGAGAGGUCCUACCAGGGCCCAGUGUUGAUAGGCAGCUCUCAGGGAGGCGUGAAUAUUGAGGACGUGGCAGCAGAGAAUCCCGAUGCCAUUGUGAAGGAGCCCAUUGACAUUGAGGAGGGUAUCAAGAUGGACCAGGCUGUCAAGGUGGCACAGAAGAUGGGCUUCCCUCCUGCCUUGGUGAACGAGGCUGCGGAGAACAUGAUCAAGCUCUACGACGUCUUCAUCAAGUAUGACGCGUCGAUGGUGGAGAUCAACCCCAUGGUGGAGGACUCGUCUGGCAUAGUGAUGUGCAUGGAUGCCAAGAUCAACUUUGACUCCAACGCCGCGUACCGCCAGAAGAAGGUGUUCGAUCUGCGAGACUGGUCCCAGGAGGACCCGCGCGACCAGCAGGCCGCCAAGGCCGACCUGAACUACAUUGGAUUGGACGGCACCAUCGGAUGUCUGGUGAACGGGGCUGGCCUGGCCAUGGCCACCAUGGACAUCAUCAAGCUCCACGGGGGAACUCCAGCCAACUUCCUAGACGUGGGGGGCGGAGCCACGACAAGCCAGGUCACAGAGGCCUUCAAGCUUAUCACCUCUGACAAAAAGGUUCUGGCCAUCUUGGUAAACAUCUUCGGUGGCAUCAUGAGGUGUGACAUCAUCGCACAAGGGAUUAUCAUGGCUGUGACGGAUCUGGACCUGAAAAUCCCCAUUGUGGUUCGGCUACAAGGGACGCGGGUUGAUGAUGCAAAAGCCCUGAUCGCCGCCAGCCCGCUGAAGAUCCUGGCAUGUGACGACUUGGACGAGGCAGCUAAGAUGGUGGUAAAACUCUCUGAAAUCGUCUCCCUGGCAAAAGAGGCCCAAGUGGAUGUGAAGUUCCAGCUUCCUAUUUAACCUGCCCCCACCCUUCUGGAGCAACAGGAGAGUCUGUCUGAGCUGGAUCCUCCAAAGUGUUGAUAUAGGGUUGGGUUCAGCGCUACAACUGUAUUUCAGUCAUUCUUUCUUCCAUUCUUUAGUUUUUGUUUUCCUUCUUGGCAUGUUACCUUAGGCCCUGGCAUGACACCUUGUGCCCUGUGUCAAAGCAGCGUAACUGUGUGCCCCCUGUGUGCCUGCACCCCCUGUGUACCAGCGCCCCCUGUGUACCAGCGCCCCCUGUGUACCAGCGCCCCCUGUGUGCCAGCGCCCCCUGUCUGCCAGCGCCCCCUGUCUGCCAGCGCCCCCUGUCUGCCAGCGCCCCCUGUCUGCCUCUCCCUGAAGCUCCCCGUGCUCCACUUUAUGCUUCCACACCCAGCUGCUUUUUUAUUUAAACCCCACCCCCCUGCUUUCCCUGCCUUUGUCCUGGAUGAGAAUAUAUGGCAGCUCUUCUUCCUGCCCCCCCAUGGCCUGACACUGCUAACACUGGCUGUCCAUAUGAUGCAGAGCAGGGAUGUCGCUAUGAUAGUAUGAUUGUUUGACCAGCCCCCAAAAAGGCGAAAUUGGCACUCUCUCAUCUGCUCUUACGUAGCAUAAUGCUAUUUAAUACGCACAACAAAUCUCAUCCUCUUCCCAUAUGGCUUCUAGGAAUGAAUAUUGACCUACAAGCCUAUAAAUCUCCCACCCCCCACCCCAUGUAUGUUUAAAAAAUGUUGGUUCUAAAUGAAUCUGUUUAAUUUCAGAUAGAAACGGGUUACUGUCCUGCUUGAUACUCCACGGUAUGAUGAUGAUAAAUAACAGUGGUGGUUUCGUUCCCGUUCUGUGUGCCUUUGAUAGGUCUCUCACACAGGUGAGAGAUGUUUUUGAGGGAAGGAAAGUAGAUAGACAGCUGAGCCCCAGAUGAUGGUACUGGCUUAUGAACAUGAACAUGCCAAAACGGUAGUAGCUACUGUUUCAGUAACGUCAUUUGGUUAUGUAGCAGUAUUUAAAGCAGCCUAAUUAGUGUAAGAUCCAUCUGUUACUGUCCAGAGCUGUCCAGGUCAAGUACGCUUGUAUGACAGCAAAGCCCCUUUUAGAAUGCAGAUUAAUGACUUACUACCCCAAGGUGUCGCUCUCUUUGAUAAACUGCUGCCCACCCGGAUGUAUCUGUGGUUUCCUGAGCAGAACUGUGUAUAUAUGGCUAUGGAGUUUUGCUGAGGUGAGGAAAGGAGCUACUGUUGCCAGUAUUAGGGUGGCUGAUGAACAACUGCAUGAACAAAUUCUUUUGAAGUGUCUUUACUACCAAAUUUAUUGGAACUGCAGUUUAUAUUCCGAAGCUUAAGAAUAGAAUUCUCACUUUUCUCACCUGCCCGUUUUGUGUACAUAAAUGGAUCUACUUCAUUAUGGUUUAGUCGCUCGCAGAAUUACAGCCGCCAUGCCCCACAUGCUGAAUUGUCCUCAUCACCUUGUAAUGUAGCCCUGGUAUUUCUGUUGUUACUGCGGAUGUAGAGGGUCCAUCAAGGAUUCAGAAAGCCUGUGUUGAAAUACUGCUUCUCCGUUUCAUUGUGCACAUGACCCAGAAUUGUAACGCGUUUUUGUAAAUAAGACCAACUCCUCUUUGUUGAAUAUUUGAACUUUGCUAUUAAGGGCAUCGAGGGCAUAGGACAAAGACUGAUUAUUAAACGUUUGGAACACCAAAAAUG